AUGAUAGACGAUGAAAAAGCAGCAGGAAACGGAACGGAAGAAACAAAGGAAAUGAUGAUUACCAUGUGUUAUUUGUACGGCCCACCAGAUGUUAAUGGUUCGGGUGGAAUUUACAAUCAUAAUUAUCAUACCACAGUUGCUAUUCGUAAAAGUAAGAGAUAG